UCUCUCUAGGGUUUUUCCCCACUUUCGUUGCUUCGCUUCGCUUCUUCCCCCACCUGCUCUCGUCUCCAUCACCAUCCCUUCUCUCUCCUCUCUCUCUCUCCAGUCUCCACCUCCGAGGAGAGGCCAAUGGCGGACGCCGACGCGAGGGCCCCGCCCAAAUCGGACCCCGGCGCCACGCCGAUCGGUUCGAUCUCCCCUUCCUCCGCCGCCCCCGCCGCCGGGGAGGACGAGGUGGAGGUCGAGGUGGAGGUGGAGGAGCAGCUCGCCGGACUCGCCAUCGCCGAUCAGGGGGAGGAGCUGCUGCUUCCCAAGCCCACCGGCUGGGAGGAUGGCCCUGUUGUUGUUGCUGGAGAUGAGGUCUCCGGUGGUGAGAAGCUGCCGGGUGAGGUGGCGGCGGCGGUGGGGGUGGAGGGUGCUGCGGCGGAUUCGAGGCCGCGGUUCCCGAGGCGACCCGGGGAGCCGGACUGCACCUACUACGUCAAGUUCGGGAGCUGCCGCUUUGGGAUGAAGUGCAAGUUCAAUCAUCCGGCGAGGAAGAAGAAGAGUAGGGUGAAAGGUAGUAACGGUGGUAGUGGCAGCGGCGGGAGCAACAGCAGCAGUAACAAAGCCUCCUCGCCUGAUGAUGAGCAGCAGGCUCCAAAAGAGGAAUACGGAAGCUAUGUUCCAGAUAUUUCACCUGAAGUUGAUUCUUUGGGAUUUGCUGACAAGGGGAGUGCGUCUAACUUAGAAAACUUUAAGAAAUAUUCUUAUGAGAUUAUCGAUGUGAAGAAGGGAAGAGUGGAGCCAAAGGAACUUAAGGUACUGAAGGUUGCCAAAGAGAAAAGGAAGGAAUUUAUUUCAGAAGGUAGUUCCCAGGAGGAAUGCAAGUAUUAUUCAACACCUGGAGGAUGCAAAUUUGGUAAAGCUUGUAAAUACCUCCACCGUGAUGGAAAAGAAGGGAAAACAGACGCUGAAAAGGUUGACCUGAACUUUCUCGGUCUUCCACUUCGUCCAGGGGAAAAGGAGUGUCCCUACUACAUGCGUACUGGGAGCUGCAAGUACGCCACUAACUGCAAGUUUCACCAUCCUGAUCCUUCUAAUGUUGCUUCUAAAGAUCCACAGUUGGAGCAUGAGAAUGGGGAUGCUCCACAGCAAGAUGUUCAAGGAUCAUCGUCUCAGCCAAAUGCUUCAAUUUGGCCCGAUCAGAGAACAGUGAAUGAGCAUCAUGUUCCGUUUAUAGCUCCAUCUCCAUCGUACAGUGCAGGGAUGCUUCCUCCUCAAGGAAUGUAUCCACCUCCUGAAUGGAAUGGGUAUCAUCAGGUUCCGUUGAAUCCAUAUUAUCCUCCUGGAGUCCCUUUCCAACAUUUUCCAGCUGCUCCUAUAAAUCAUCCUAUGUACAAGGCACCAGAAAUACCUGGACAUCAGCAGGUUCCUUCCGAGGAAUACCCAGAGAGACCUGGCCAACCUGAAUGUCAGCAUUUUGUGAAGAGUGGUUUUUGCAAAUUUAGGAUGAAGUGCAAAUAUCACCACCCAAGGUCACCGGUGCCUCCAGCAGGAGCUCUUAGCCCUCUUGGCUUGCCUAUAAAACCUGAUCAGCCUGUGUGCACAUACUAUGGUCGCUAUGGGGUCUGCAAAUUUGGGCCAGCUUGCGCAUACAAUCACCCCUUCAAUUUUAGCCCUGUACCUGCAGCGGGACCUCCUCUCCUCCCUGCUCAAUACCCAACUCCAGGAAACUACACUCUCUGAAGCAGGCACGAGCGAUUUUUCAUCGUCGCCGUGAUGCUUGUAAUAACUUCACUUGUAAGAUAGCGUAGCUGAAAGCUGUACGUGGGUUCACUCACUGACAGUGGGAGAGAUCUGGCUUGGAAAGUGGCAACGAAGUUGCAUCAAGCUGGGUACAUUGCCGCUGGAAUUCAUGAAAUUAAACAAAACCUGUCAAAACUCUUUACAUUGUACAGCAUCGUCGCGUUUAGUAUACAACUAUGGCGUCGGGCUGAAUCCCAUAUUGCAGUUUUACAUCUUCCA